UCGCGCGUGGUAGCAACGCGCUUCCGCACCGCUCCACCAACUGCUGUCAGAUAAGACACACAGCCGCUAGCCAGCGCCAUGUUAUCACGGUCCAGAUGUGCAUACCAGACGCUUGGUCGCUCUCUGUCGGCGAUGAGCCAGGCCAAUAAUGUGCUGGUCCGACAAAGUACAUCAGGCCUCCCUGUCUGCAGGCGACUAGUUUACAGGAAUUCUCAGUCAUGUGAAUUUCCAUCAUCAGCGAAUGUCUUCCACAUCAGAUACUUCAAGACAUCUGCUGUUCACAGGGAUGAGGUUGUCACAGUCAAAACUCCUGCAUUCGCAGAAUCUGUUUCAGAGGGAGAUGUGAGGUGGGAGAAAGCUGUGGGCGACUCAGUGACAGAAGAUGAAGUGGUGUGUGAAAUUGAGACGGACAAGACCUCAGUACAGGUCCCCGCUCCAGCAGCUGGUGUCAUUGAGGAACUGCUGGUGCCUGAUGGAGGGAGGGUAGAAGGAGGGACGCCGCUCUUCAAACUCCGGAAAGGAGCUGUUGCUGCCAAAGCUGCUCCCUCCCCAGUUGCAGAGACACCGGCUGCAGCCCCUCCACCUCCUCCUCCACCACCACCUCCAACUUCAGCCCCCUCUGCCAUGCCUCCAGUGCCCCCGGUGCCACCACAGGCCGUUCAUGCCAAACCUGUUUCUGCCAUCAAGCCCACACCUGCAGCUCCGGCACCAGCUCCUCCAGCAGCAGGAAGCAGAGGAGAAAACAGGGUGAAGAUGAACCGUAUGAGGUUAAGGAUCGCCCAGAGGCUAAAAGAGGCUCAAAACACCUGCGCCAUGUUGACCACCUUCAACGAAGUGGACAUGAGCAACAUAAAGGAAAUGAGGAAACUCCAUCAAGAUGCCUUUGUAAAGAAACACAACAUCAAACUGGGUUUUAUGUCAGCGUUUGUGAAGGCAGCCGCAUACGCUCUGACUGACCAACCUGCUGUCAAUGCUGUUAUUGAUGAUACAACCAAAGAGAUUGUCUACAGGGAUUAUGUGGACAUUAGCGUCGCUGUGGCAACUCCAAAGGGUCUUGUUGUGCCGGUGAUCCGUAAUGUUGAGACCAUGAACUUCGCUGACAUCGAGAAAACCAUUAAUGCACUGGGAGAAAAGGCUCGUAAAAAUGAGCUUGCCGUUGAGGACAUGGAUGGAGGCACCUUUACCAUCAGCAACGGUGGCGUGUUUGGCUCCAUGUUUGGCACACCCAUCAUCAACCCCCCACAGUCUGCCAUCCUGGGCAUGCAUGGCAUCUUCGACCGACCUGUGGCCAUCAAUGGCCAGGUCGAGAUCCGGCCCAUGAUGUACGUGGCUCUGACAUACGACCACCGGCUCGUGGAUGGCAGAGAAGCGGUCACUUUCUUACGCAAGAUCAAAGCGGUGGUGGAAGAUCCACGAGUGCUGCUUCUGGACAUGUGAUGUUUCCACCACCACAUUACUCUUAUUUAAAGAUGCAUAAAAAUGGACUCCGUGUCACAAAACACGCACAAGAUCGCCAACACAACUAUUGCUGUCUUUUUAAAUAGUCUGACUGAACUGCAGGAGGGGAUAUUAAGGUCACAACACUCAUAUGGAGCUUAAAUACGUGGUAUUAUCUGUAAAUAAAUAUGCUUGAAAUGGGCUGUGGCUUGAUCAGCAGAGUAAAUAGAUUGUUCGCCAUCUUCUAUCAGUUAUUGUUUUGCUAUAUUGGAAUUUAGACGUGGGACGAGUCACAUUUACAUCACACGUCUCAGGACAAACAUUGGAACACAUAGGCAUAAAAUGGUGACGAUAACUCACAGACAGGUGUGUCAUUAUACCCAUGUGCUCUUCAGAUGGACAUAUGAAGCAAUAGACAAACACUCACUGCAACAAAAUGGCUUUUCCAGGCAGCAGUUGGCUUCCUGACUUUGUCCACUGCUCGUUAGUUAGUGCUCCUCCUGAGCCACUUUUUCCACAGCGGGGCCAAGCUGCGCUCACACAGAUUAGUUCAAGAUGUUUUUAAUGUAAACACAGGAUUGAAAGAAUUCUUUGGUUUGCUGCUACUCAUUGUUACUAGCAACAGUCUGGGGAAAAGAAUCAGCUACCAGGAAAGCAGGUUUUGUAUGAAACACGUGUCCCUGUGCCAUGUUUAGAGGUGACCUCAGUUAGAUUCCUGCUUCGCACAGUCGUCCAUGUCCUGUAUCAUUUCCGUUUUGUCUUAAAUCUGCCCUGCAGAUUGUUUGACCUUCAAAGUCUUACAAUGUUGAUCAAAUUGCUUUCAGCUUUCUUGUAAAACAGACACAUGAAUUCACUGUUCAUUAGCAGAAACUGUACAAAACACAAACCAAACACUAUUUGUUUUUUAACCUGUGUAUAUAUAUAUAUACAUACAUAUAUAGGGUGGUACAGGAAUGAGUCCUCAAAUACAGAAAUGACCUAGCGUUUUUGCACUUCCCUCGUCUCAAAGUCAAUGGGGUUUUGGAUAGAUACCUGAAAUAAGGUCUGUGGUUAACGCAAGUUUAAGGGCCCGUACACAUCGCGUUUUUUCUGCCCUCAACUUCAUUGUUUUCAAUGUAGACGCACAGCAGGUGCGCUCAAACGCCAGAGCGAUGCCAUCAGCUGUGCCCCGAGAUCAACGAUAAACUGAGUUCAACUUUUGGAAUGCAGCAGCGCGCACCGCAUGUAACGUGAAGAGAAACAUCAGUCUAUAAUAAAUACGGAAAAGUUGAUCAUUUUGGUGCAGAGCUUUCUGAACUUUACAUCAGUCCCAUGGACGAUGUGCCCACACACUUAUAAACAGCACCAGGAAGAAAAUCAGCUCUGCACUUAACAGUGCUUGUUAAGUUUGCUUAGCAACCUCAGAUGCCACCUGCUGCUGCGCUCUUGAAAGCUGGCACAAAAGUAGCGGCCAGUGCCCCAGCUUGUGUUUUCCAGGUGGUUAAAGACGCGGCACGUGUACGGCCCCUAGAGAUUUUUUACAUUUUGUGCUUUAACAUGAAAUACGUCAGUAAAUACUCCACUUGUAAAUUUUGAAGCUUUUAUGAGUCUAAAAAAAAAGGUGGUUGCUGACAAGUGGCUAAAUGAGACUACAGAAAUUUAUCAUGCUGAACACGGCUUUACAGCCUCAUUGUGGUAACGACGUUGAAGUCAUAUGACCAUAGUGUCGAUCAUUUGUAGUCUAACAUUAGCUUUUUACCUCUGGCAGUUGCAUUUUUGCUUCAAAUAUCAUAAAAGUGGUGAAUAUUUGUAAAGAUUAUCUUGCUAAACAAAAUGUAUAACUAUCAAAAACUUUUGUUCACCACAGAGCUUUUU